AGGGGGGGGGAAUGACACGCCCCCCCCCUCCGCGCGCGCGGUGGUUCCGCCCAGCCCCUGCCAUGAGGCCGGUGGCCGCCGCCCUCCCCACCGCCCUGCUGCUGCUGCUGCCCCUACCCCCAGGGACGUCGGGGGGCCCCUGGGCCGCCUGGAUGCCCCCGGCGGUGGCCGGGCUCUCGGGGACCUGCGUGGCCGUCCCGUGUCGUUUCGGCUACCCGGAAGAAUUGCGUCCGGCCACCGUUCACGGCUUGUGGUAUUUCGGGAGCCCCUACCCCAAAAAUUAUCCCCCCGUGGUGGCUCGGUCGAGGGCAGGAGCCGUCCACGAGAGCUUCACGGGGCGAGCCAGGCUGGUGGGAGACCCCGGCGUCCGGGACUGUUCCCUCCUCUUAGGACCCCUCAGCCCCGAAUUAGCCGGGAAAUAUUAUUUUCGGGGUGAUUUAGGGGGUUAUAAUCAGUACAGCUUCUCCGAACAUACGACGUUGGAGGUGUUGGAGGAACCAGUACUGGAGGUUCCCCCCGAGCUGGUGGCAGGAGAAGAGGUAGAAAUCCGAUGCCGCGUCCCCGAUAACUGCCCCCAGCUCCAACCCCGGGUGCGUUGGGAAGGGACCGCGGAGCUUCCGGAAGCUUCCGAGCGGGAAUUACGGGAGGACGCGGCCGGCGCCGGCACCGUUUUAGCCCUGCUACGGUUUCGGCCCCGCCGAGAAGACGGCGGCCGCCGCUUGGCGUGUCGGGUCGCCUUCGCCAACAGCACCUUGGCUUUCGAGGCCGCCGUCGCCCUCGAUGUUCAGUACGAGCCACGGGUGCUGGAGGUCUCAGGUCCGGGCGAAGCGGUGGAAGGGACCCAGGUGGACCUGGGGUGCGAAGCCGAGGGGCGGCCGCCCCCGUUACUCUCCUGGUUUCGGGGGGUCACGGUGUUACGGGAAGAACCGGUUUCAACCAGUCUCCGCUUGGUUUUGCCCCGGGUGGAGCCGGAUGACGCCGGUACCUACAGCUGCGUGGCCGAGAACCGGCACGGCCGCCACAACCGGAGCCUCCAGCUUCACGUGGCCUACGCCCCGCGUUCACCCGUCCUCAACGGCUCGCUCUGGGUGGUGGCGGGGGACCCGGUGACGGUGACGUGCGGUGCCGCCAGUCACCCCGCGCCCAUCGUGACGGUGACACGGGGACGCCGGGUGGUGGCCGCCGCCGUCUACGAACCCCAGGUGACCAUGACCUUGGCAGCCGCCAGACCGGAGGAUGCCGGCGAAUACCUGUGCCGCGCCGAGAACCAGCACGGGGAGAGCAGCCUCCCCUUCAACCUCACCGUCGAGUUCCCCCCCAUCCUUCUCCCCGAUUCCCGCUGCACCCCGGGGGGGGAUGGGGCACGUUGCGUCUGUUCGGCCUCCGCCAUCCCCGAACCGGCCGUGACCUUUGACCUACCGUCCCGUAACGUCACCGUCACCGAGGGUCACCGCGAUUACACCGUCACCACGCCGGGGCAGGGGACGGGGGGGGUCGUCACCGUCACCGGGAUCCUCACGCUUCGGGGGACCCUCGACCCCCGAUUGGCCGUGCUUUGCUCCGCCCACAACCCCCACGGCAGCGUCAGGCAACAACUGCGCUUCCAUCAUCCCGGGGGGCUGGUUUGGGCCAAGGUGGGGCCGGUCGGGGCCGUCGUGGCCUUCGCCAUCGUCAUCGCCCUCGUCUGCUACCUCAGCCAGAGCCGUCGCAAGAAGGCGACGGGAAGCCCCGAGGUGACCCCGGUGCCGCCCCCACCCGGGCAGGGGGGGGACCCCGACCCUGAGCUCCGCCCACUGCAGGCCCGCUGGCUGCGGGGGGCCGUGGGCCGGUGGGCGCUGGGGGUGGGGGAGGGGCCGGCAGCCCCCCCGGAACCGGCCCCUCCCCCCAAACCGGCCCGGGGCCCCCCCGAAGAACCCCCCGAAUACGCCGAGAUCCGUGUCAAGUGACCCCGCCCUCCUCCUCCCUGGACACGCCCUCCGAUGCCCCGGACACGCCCACCCCCUCCUGGUUCCGCCCACCCCCCUCCUGGACACGCCCCCUCGAUGGGACCCGCCCUCCCUGGCUUGUUGAGGCUUCAGGCUCCACCCACUGGGCUCUGGACACGCCCAUCGGGUGUAAAGCCACACCCACCCGGAGAUUUGACACGCCCCCAUCUGCUGGCCACGCCCACUGUGGGAUCCGCCCAGUGAGGGACCUGCCACGCCCGCUGCUCCACCCACAUAGACGCGCCCCACCAGUUGCUCCGCCUGGUGACAAGAGGCUCCGCCCAUUGUGGCUGGCUCCACCCACUGCUGCUUAGGCUCCACCUACUGCUGCCUAGCUCCACCCACCACGCCCUAGGCUCCACCCACCUCAGCCUAGGCACCUCCCACUGAGGUCUAGGCUCCACCCACCACACCCUGGGCUCCGCCCACCACCCCCUAGGCACCACCCCAGCCAUUGGGCAUGGACAGGAAGCCCCGCCCUUGGCCCCACCCCUCCCGGCGGGCCCCGCCCCCAUAAUUAUUUAUUGCCCCUCCCAGGGGCCGCCCUUCAUUAACCACCUUAACGAGCCCCCUCCCCCCACCGUGACCUUUGACCCCAGCGACACCCCCCCCACCCCCCCAAUAAACCGGACGUG